AUGCACAGCGAUGAGUUACCUCACGAAGUUGUGCUGUCUAUCCAACGUGUUCUAGAGAUCCAACCAACUGAGGAAAUCGACCGACUGGAUGGCCUUUCGGAGAAGUUCAACGCGGUGGAAAUCCUGAAUGACUUCUUUCCAGAUGAGGCUUCGCUCGCCCACCUGGAGGCGGUGAGCGCUCGACUCGCAGAAACGCAUCAGGAACUCCAGAAGGAAGUGGACGUGUUGCAAGCAGAGCUGAAGGACAGCCAGGAUCCGGAGAGAAUGUCGGUCAUUCAGGAAAUGAUUUCGGACUUACUCGGACAAAUGUCACGUAUCAGGGAGAAGGCAACGGAGUCCGAGGCGGUAGUCAGGAAUAUCACGAAGGAUAUCCAAGUCCUGGAUCUGGCGAAGAAGAAUCUCAUAACAAGUAUGACGAUGAUGAAGAGGUUGCAGAUGUUAGUGAACGCGUUGACACAACUAGAAGACCUCAUCAAGGAGAAGCAAUAUAAAGAGGUGGCGCAAACACUAUCUGCUAUCAAGGAAAUCUCGUCCACCUUCAAGUCUUAUACCGCCGUUCCACACAUCAACCGCAUCUGGAAACGAAUACAACAAAUCCAAGCCCAACUCCGAACACAGCUGGACGCUGAUUUCGAUGCUUUCUACCUCCAAGACACGAACAAGCAGAUCAAAUCAUCUCUCAUUUCAGACGCGUGUCUCGUUGUGGACGUGAUCGGGCAAGAUGUUCGGCAGCACGUCGUGGAAAGAUUCGUGGCGAUGGAGCUGAAGGAGUAUCGACGUAUUUUCCGGACGAAUGACGAAGCUGGGCAGCUGGACAACAUCUCGCGGAGGUUCGCUUGGUUUAGGAGGUUACUCCAGAACUAUGAAAUUGAACAGGGCAGAGUCUUCCCGUCGGAGUGGAGAGUUAGUUGGUAUUUAUUUACGAAAUUCGUGGAGAUAACGAGGGAUGACACAACGACACUAUUGACCAAGGCCGGUUCAAAUCUUACCGUAAAGGCUCUUCUAGAACAUUUAGCAACAACGACCGAGUUUGAGCAAUCUAUGGCCAAGAAAUGGGCGACUCCAAUCAAGGACAUCCUUAAGGCUACUGACAACCCGCACUCCGAACCCGGGAAACCUAUAUCGGCUGCAUUCGAACCAAACAUGGGGAUCUUCGUCGAUGCUCAAGACAAAGUCCUCGCCGAUAUGCUCGCUCCGCACCGCAAGAAGUCUUCCACCAGCACCCCAGCCAAAAUCCAACCACGGGCAUCGUCAGACGCCUCUCCUGGCGAGGAAGAUGCUGGUGCUUCACCAAUGACAGUGUUGCUGUCCUCAACCGACCUGUUCUACUUCUACGGCCAGAGCCUGGAGCAAUGUGCUAAACUGUCUACGGGUCAGCCGUUGUUCGACCUCUGCACAUUGCAUAAGAAAUGGUUGAGGAUAUAUGCGGAGGACGUGCUUGUGGGGAAUGUCAAACGCCCUCCUCCCCCUGUUUCGUCAAGAAAGUCUACGGAGUCGAAACUUGACCUAGAGUUGGUCAAGCAAACGUGUCUGCUGAUCAAUACCGCCGACUAUUGCCAAACCACAGCACUUGAGCUCGAACAAAAAGUGAAGGAGAAGAUCAACCCGGAGUUCAAGGACAAGAUCGCCUUCCAGGUCGAAUGCGAUUUAUUCGUUAGCUCCAUCUCCACGGCCAUCAACAUCCUCCUUCGCGAAUUCGAGACCAACUGCGAGCCCGCGUUCGCCGCUCUUAGCCGAACAUCGUGGCCGACCGUCAAUCAAGUCAGUGGGCAAUCGCCAUACACGACCGACCUAGUCAAGGCAGCAGACCAAGUCGUUGAGACGGUCAGACCUCUUGUCGAGCAGAAGAAGUACCUGCGGAACUUCUUCGACAAAGCGUCUAGUGUCAUCCUUGUCAAAUUCACAAAUUCGUUGGUUAGAAGUCGGCCACUGAAAGAGAUUGGAGCCGAGCAGUUGUUGAUCGAUCUCCAAACUAUCAAGGCGUAUCUGGUCAAGAUGCCUGGAGAAACAUUGACCACCGCUUCAUACACCCGCUCGUUGAACAAGACAACUACGCGCCUGGAAGCGUUGUUGAAGGUGAUCGUGACGCCGGUGGAUCCGCCCGAAGGCUUCAUCUUGAACUACACCUUGCUUAUUGGCGAUGCCUCUUUCUCGAAUUUCCAAAAGAUCCUCGACCUCAAGGGCACUCCUAAGACGACGCAGAACGACCUCCUGGACUCCUUCCUCACGAUAACAAGCACCAAAACCGAUCUCGAAAGUACUUCCUUCCUUUCUUCCUUAGACAUGGAUCCGGCCGCGACGGGCCACGCUGGUGGGAGCCUGAUCAGCCCUGGCGCAAGUCGCGUUUCCCUUCCGCUUGGAGGUGACAAAAUCUUUGCGACCAUGGCCGGCCCUGGACCCAGCGGGCCAUCGACAGGGUCGAGUGUAGGCGAUGCAGCAGGCAAGGCGGAUAGCCACAAGCGCGAAGUGUUUUCGGACUUCAGGCGGUUUGUCAGUUUUGGGCGUCGGAAGGACACUGCUGGGGCAUAG